UCAGCUAUCUGCAGCCACUUCAGACCGAGGAAGAGAGGAAGAGCAUCAGGCUGUGUCUGCAGCGCUACACAUCUCGCACUCCACGAUGCUUUGACGCUCAACUCACUCACUUGCGUCGCGUCGCGUCACUCCAGAGAGUUUUGAUCUGGGAGAGUAAAUAGCCGCCUCAGCACUCGAUGCACUCUGUGUUUCAUUUAUUUGUUGUUAAACCGAAGACAAGUGCCUGAACGAAUGAGUGUAUCAAUACAAAUUUUGUAAUAUGAACUUUUUGCCAAGUGGAAUAUGUUUUUAUCUGUCCGUGGCAAUUUGCUGGUUCACAUCAAGGGUCGAUGCAUCGUGGUGGUACAUGGGCACUCUUGGAUCGCAAGUGAUGUGCGACAACAUCCCGGGUUUAAUUAACAAACAACGCCAGUUGUGCCGCCAGCAUCCCAAGGUGAUGCAGGCUAUUGGAGCUGGAAUUAAAAACUGGAUCGGAGAAUGUCAGCACCAGUUCAGAAACCACCGAUGGAAUUGCAAUACCAUGGCGCGCGAGCACAAUCUUUUUGGAAGGCUUUUGCAUCGAAGCAGUCGCGAGGCCGCCUUUGUCUAUGCCAUCUCCUCAGCAGGUAUGGUCUACACCUUGACCAGGGCGUGCAGUCAGGGUGAACUAGAAAACUGCUCUUGCGACCCUGGAAAAAAGGGCUCAUCUCGCGAUGCCAAGGGAGCUUUCGACUGGGGUGGGUGCAGCGAUCAUGUUGACCAUGCGAUCAAGUUCACUCAGGUCUUCAUAGACGCCAAGGAGAGGAAGGAGAGAGAUGCACGAGCGCUCAUGAACUUGCACAACAACCGUGCAGGGAGGAAGGCAGUGAAGCGCUUUAUGAACCUUGAGUGUAAGUGUCAUGGUGUCAGUGGCUCAUGCAAUGUACGUACCUGCUGGUUAGCCAUGGCAGACUUCAGGCAGACCGGUGACUAUCUCCGCAAAAAGUACAACAGUGCCAUUCAGGUGGUGAUGAACCAGUAUGGAACCAGCUUCACUAGUGCCUACAGGAUGUUUAAGAGGCCUACCAAAAAUGACCUUGUCUAUUUUGAAGACUCACCUGACUACUGUAUAUGGGACCACGAGUCUGGAUCUGUGGGCACAGGUGGGCGAGUGUGCAACCGUACGUCCCGUGGGGCGGACAGCUGUGAGGUCAUGUGUUGUGGGCGGGGCUAUGACACAUCACGCGUGAGCCGCACCACCAAGUGUGAGUGCAAGUUCCACUGGUGUUGUGCUGUUCACUGCAGGGACUGCCAAGAAGAGGUAGAUGUGCAUACCUGCAAAACCCAGUCAUGACCCCACCACUUCUGCAGAGUAAAGAUCCCAUCUCAAACCUUUGACAUUGUACAGUGCUUUUCUGUUACAGAUUAGAUCAGACACAAAUGACCAGCAACUUAAAACCUAUGCAGAUUUGUUGUAUCUCUUCAAUGGCUGCCUCUUGAGUAGUUUUACAAUCUUUACUUACUGUUUCCCCCCCAUCAUAACACACAUAUUUAUUACAGCUUUGGAACAUAAGAAUGUUUAUCUUUAAUGUAUUUCAUAUUUUGAACUGUAAAUACAAACUCUAUGUAAUUUAAAAUAAAACAU